AUGCGAGGCUUUCUAGCAGAAGAAGUUCCAACAAGUGAUGAAGCUAAUACAGCUUUAUAUCGUCGAUCAAUUCGUACAAUUGAUGAUGAUGUUAUUGAUGAAACACAACCAAUAACUCAACGAGUUACUCGUACAACAACAACAAGAUCUCGUUUUCGUUGUCCAUAUGUUCGUUUUCCUCGUUGGUGUUUUUGGCUUUGGUUAUUACUUCUUCUUGCAUUACUUGCAACUGUUCUUGGUGUUGGUAUAGGCUUAGGAUCACGAAAAAAAUCAAUUUAUGAAAGUUGUUCAUCACAAUCAAUUUGUAUGAACAAUGCUGUUUGCACCAAUGGUUAUUGUUUAUGUAAUUCAGGAUAUUUUUAUGAUAGUACACUUGGUUUAUGUAUUACAGAAGUAGGUCUUGGUCAUGCAUGUACAGCUGAUAAUCAGUGUUUUACAAAUGCUUUAUGUACAAAUGGAAUAUGUCGAUGUAUAACGAAUUAUUAUCCUGAUCCAACAACAGGACAAUGUGCAGUUGAAAAAACAUAUGGACAAUCUUGUACAUAUGAUGUCGAAUGUGCAUUUACAUUUGAAUGUAUAUCAAGUGUAUGUACAUGUAAUUCAACUCGAUAUUAUAGUACAUUAACAUCACAAUGUGAAAAAUUAGGUGAACCUAAUGAAGAUACGUAUAAUAAUUGUAUAGCGACAGCUGUAUGUAUUGGUGGCGUUUGUCGAUGUCCAACUAAUUGGUAUUAUGAAGUAAAUACUGAUACAUGUGAUCGUGCAAAACCUAUUGGUGAUGUAUGUACAGCUUCUUAUCAAUGCAUGACAAAUGCUAAUUGUACAACUGUCGCUGGUACUCUUCGAUGUCAAUGUAUAAGUGGUACAAGAUAUUCAAUUGUCUCUGGAGCAUGUAUAACACCAAUAUCUUAUAAUCAAUCAUGUUCAGUAACAGCUGAUUGUAUAAACAAUUUAAUAUGCACAAGUGUAAAUGGUGCAUCUUAUUGUUUAUGUGGAACUGAUAGUCGAUAUUAUUCUUCAUUAAAUCAAACAUGUCUUGAUAAAGUUUUAUAUAAUACACCAUGCUCAUCAUUUGGUCCUUAUUGUGAUGAUGUUAGAUUAUUAGUAUGUUCUGCAUAUGGAAAUUGUACAUGUUCAUCUACAUAUUAUUAUUCAACAAGUUCAGCUCGUUGUGAAGCACGACUUUUUCCUGGAAAUACAUGUAUUGUUGCUCAAGCAUCUUGUAUAACAAAUGCAAAUUGUGUUGUUGUUUCUGGUUCACUUAUAUGUCAAUGUGUUAGUGGAUCUUAUUAUUAUGAUACAACGACAGGACAAUGUGUAGCAUUAAAAUCAUAUGGUACAGCUUGUACAGAACAUGAACAAUGUGCAACUGGACUUUAUUGUAUAUCAAAUAUUUGUCAAUGUAUAGCAACAAAAUAUUAUACAGGAACUACAUGUACAGCACGUGCUUCAUAUAAUGCUGCUUGUAAUACUGUAUCUGGACCUUAUUGUGAUACAACUGUAGGUCUUUCAUGUAAUGUAACAACAUCAGUUUGUGUUUGUCCAACAAAUUACUAUUGGAAUACUACAGCAUGUUUACCUAUUAAACACUUAUAUGACUCUUGUACAACCGCAAGUCAAUGUCCCACUAAUGGACAAUGUAGUGCAACGAAUAUUUGUCAAUGUACAGCUACAACAUAUUAUAAUGCAACUUUAAAUAGCUGUAUAACUUAUUCAACAUAUGGACAAACAUGUGUUACAAAUGUAUUUGUUACAAGUGAAUGUUCAUCAACACAAAGUCUUGUUUGUUCAUCAACUACAAGUGGAUAUUGUCAAUGUAGUUCAAAUGCUUUUUAUAAUGCUACAGGAUCUACAUGUACAACGAAAUCAACUGUAUCAACAGCAUGUACAACAAGUUUGACUUGUAAUGAUCUUGCUGGACUUGUCUGUACAUCAUCUUUAUGUACUUGUACAACAGGUACGUAUUGGAGUGGUAGUACUUGUGUUGAAACAUUAGGUGCUGGUCAACAAUGUGCAGGUGUUAGCAGUCUAUGUACAAGUCCACUUUAUUGUCCAACAACGACAUGUCAAUGUCCAAAUACAUAUUAUCUUGAUAUAGUUACUGUUAAUUGUAUUUUAGAAAAAGCAACCGGUGUUUCAUGUACUUAUGGUUUUGAAUGUACUAGUGGAACAUGUACUAACGCUAUUUGUACUUAA